AUGGGAAAGCAGAAGCAGAUAAAGAAUUUGUACGAAACAGAUAACAAACAGAAGAAAAAGAAAGCUAAUGAGAGACAUAGUAAAGCAAGAAAGCAAGCUAGGAAGGAACCGGUUAGUUAUUCCAUCUCUGAAAUACUUAAAAAGGUCAGAGAUUCUGGACAAUGAGAUGGAGGUGAUUCUUCUAUUUUCAAGAGGAGCAAUAAUGAUUAUACUCAAAACCAUGCCUCAACUCCAACUGGCUUUCAGAUGAGUUCUGUUAGGAAGUUAAAUAACAAAAGAAGUUCUGAUACCUCUGACUCUUAUUGUAAAGAUCAAAUGAAUCCUGGCUCUAUGCUAGAAGAUUUAACGACUACAAAAUCAAUCAAAAACAAUGUUGGGACUUCUCAUACUUAUUCCAACACAAAGCUUGAUUUUCAAAGCCCAAAGCGAAAGUUCAAGAAGAACAAAAAGUCUGUGAGGAGGAACCUACCUCAGAUUAAGAUAAACUUGCAGCAUUGUAAAUUUGAAUCCAUCAAAUAAAGUUGCUACUAAAUUCGGAUGGCAGUUAACUUCUGAUUCAGAAAGCGCUUCUAUAAGUUCUGGCAAUGACUGGGACGUUUGAUGGUUAGAUGGAGGAGUCUCCUCUCAAUUCUUCCGCCAAAUGAGGCUACAUCAAAUAUGUAACCACUUUCCAGGCAUGAAUCAGAUUACUCGGAAGAAUACCCUUGCUUUAACUAUGAAAAAGCUUCAAAAAGAGUCUGGGAAUCAGGACAAAUAUGAUUUUAUACCAAAAACCUGGGUUCUUCCUAGUGAAGGAUAUGAACUCAAUGAAUUCGUUGUUAAAAUGAAGAAAAAAUAGUAAUUUUUCACACCUAACUACAGAAAAGCAAGGGAAGAUUAAGAGGGAUCCUUACUUCAUUGUUAAGCCAGAAGCUGGGGCUCAAGGAAGAGGCAUUUAUUUAACUAAAUAAAUUGUCUGAUAUUUCUACCUUCAAAUAAAUGUGUUGUGCAAGAAUACAUACACAAUCCGUUCCUGAUAGAUGGGUAUAAAUUUGACCUCAGAAUCUACGUCCUUGUUACAAGAGCAGAGCCUCUGACAAUGUUUGUGUAUAAAGAAGGAAUCGCUAGGUUUUGUACUGAGAAGUACGAUCUAAACUCUAUCAACAAGGAUGAUGAGAAAAACAAUUUCAUCCAUCUCACUAAUUUCUCCAUUAAUAAGAAGAACACUGAUCUUGAAAAUGAAAGUGUUCCUUCUUUCCAAGAAGAACAAGUUGAGGAAGGCAAGGAAUUUGGUAUUAAGAUCAGGGAUAAGAAAGUAGUCAAGAAGUUAAUGUCAGAGGUCUUUGACCAUCUCGAUCUUGAGGGAUUCGAUAAAUAUGAACUGUGGGAAGAAAUCAAAGACAUUUUUAAAGACACUAUUAUGAGCAUCCAGGAAAGUCUGGCUCAUAAUUAUAAAUCUCUUCAACCUAGGAACAAACGCAUGGAUAUGUGAUUUGAGAUUCUUGGGUUUGAUAUCCUAAUUGAUGAUUUUGGCCAACCUUGGUUGAUUGAAGUAAAUCACGCACCAAGCUUUGGAACAGGAUCUGAAAUAGAUAGAAAAGUAAAAGAAGGCUUAAUCUCAGACACCUUCAAGUUGUUAAACAUAAGCUCAAGAACUAAAAGAAGGAAGUUACAGAUGAAUGCAAGAGAGCUACAAGAAAGAGUCCAUAACAAUCGAAAUCCCAAAGAAUAUAUCCAUGUGUACAACAAUUAUGGUGAGCGAGAAAUGUACAAGCAGAUGAACCAUGAACUCACUAAUAUGGGAAAUUUUGAGAAGAUUCACACAAUUUUAAAAGAAAAGGACAACAGCCAAGAUUCUGAUGCAACUGAUGAAUAUAUUGACUUUCAAAUCCCAGAUGACCUCAGUGACUUCCAUAGUGAUGUUGAUAUCUCUAUCGGUGGUGCUUCAGCACCAAGAAUCAUAAACGCUAUUGAUGAUAGAGAAGAGGAUUUCACAAAGCUAACAGAAAAAGUUAGGAAUAUCAUUAAAACUCCUAAGAAGUCAAGAUCAAAGGCUCGAAGGAGGGCUAAAUAAGGCUAAAAUAAAUGAAGCAAUCAUGAUCAAGAGUAGAGAUACUUCUACCUCCAUUUUCCCCCAAAUUAAAAACCCACCUGGUAAAAGAAGAAAGCUAAUGUUAAUGAGUAAUGAAGAAAGAAGGAGCAAGCUCACAGAAAAGAUCAAUGCUAAGAAACAAUCAGAUACAGUCUAUAGUCCAGCUCACACAUCUAUUUCAGAGAGACAAGAUAAUCUGACAAGUCUUAACCUCACCAAAGCAAAGCUGAGAAGAAGAUUGGAUCAAGGCGUUCCAAGAAAAGGAAAAAUUCGCAAUUCCUCAAGGAAAUCUCUACUAAGAAUUGAGAAAGAUCCUCGCUUCAAAGGAAUUCAUCAAAGCAAAUUGGCUUAUCAAGAUCAUAAUACUAGCCAAGCUAAGAAAGAAUUUAAGUAUUAUUCCUCUGCGAAGCCAGAAGAAGAUUACACCACAAGCAAAUAAGCAACUUUUUUAUAACAGCAGAAAGGAAAGGAAUAAACUAAAAUAAAGCUCUUCCUCAAAUAAAAAAUGCCCAGAGCAUGUCUGUCGGCCCUCAUACACGACAUAUCCCAAACCCCAAAAACGCCCAAAAAUAUCCCAAAAGAUAUGGCCUCACAAAUCCCCCUAACCACCGAGAAAGCUCUCUAGACCCCUUCCCCAACAGCUAUUAUCACCCUCCCCAAAUCCUACCUCCCUCACACCCUAUUCCUUCUCCCCAAAUCCCACUUACCAGCCGUCAUGGGUCAGAAUCCCUUAACCUCUCACAGCAAGAGAUCAAGACUCUUCAAACUCUCCAGAAGAAGAAUCCUAAGAAGAACACGACCAGGCUGACACAGAAUAAUAUUUUUACGUAA